AUGUCGAUUCAUUUUAAAUUUAAGUCUGCCAAGGAGUUCGACACGGUGACGUUCCCAGGUGCUGUGAUCCGCGUACUGGACCUAAAGAAAGCAAUAGUCGACAAGAAAAAGCUGGCCAAGGGAUUGGACUUUGAUCUUGUAAUCACAGACGCGCAAAACGGCAAGGUAUAUGAUGAUGAAAACACGCAGUUGCCUCGAAAUACUAGUGUGACGGUCAAGCGCAUUCCCAGCCAGCAGCCAGGCAGUGGCCUUUUAGCCAGGAUGAAACAGGAGGCAGCUAUAGCUGCUGCUGCCGCUGCAGCAGCAGCCAUUCACGCGUCUCCUCCUGUCGUCUCGAUGUCGGGUCCCUCCCCCAUUAUGACGCUUGAAGAUACUCCUGCACAGCAAAUGACCACGCUAUCGUUACAACCUAGUGACCCGGCUGAAGGAGCGCAAACAAUGGAAGAUGAAUUGGCGGCUUUGCAGUCUAUCCACGAGCAAGCGGAGGAUAUGCGUGGAUCAAGGCUCGGCAACAAGACUUGGACGGCGUCUAAUGGCAGCAAUGCCAAUAACGUGAUGAACUAUUACUCGGGUAAUGGUCCGGGAGGAGAAGCAGGUGGACGAGGAAUUGCAGCUGGCGGGCGGGGAUUGGGCCGCGGUGGCCGUGGUGGAGACUUUAGCGGACGAGGAGGCCGUGGUGCGGGCCCCGGCGGUCUCCCCUGCUCGACCAUUGUGGGGAAUCCACCGACUAACUAUGUGUGUUAUCGAUGCGGAACGCCCGGCCACUAUAUCCAAAAUUGCCCUACGAACGGGGACCCAGAAUUCGAUCAGCACCGUGUGAAGAAGAAGACAGGAAUUCCCAAAUCUUUCAUGAAAGCCGUGAGUGAUCCAAGCGAAAUUCCUAUAGGGGUCGGCAAAACGGUAGUAAACGCGCCAUGGGGCGGUUUAGCUGUGAUAGAACCGCAGAAUAAAAACUUCUCUAAAUUAAUGGCCCAAUCGGGCGGCUCGGCCACUUUGGAUCAAUUCAUCUCGAAUCCACCCGAGCACUUGGCAUGUCCCCUUUGCAGACGGCUUAUGAGCGACGCUGUGCUAAUUCCAUGCUGCCAAGAGUCAGCAUGCGAUGAAUGCCUCCGUAGUGCGCUAAUUGAGCAUAAACUGACCUGUCCGCUUUGUAAUGUGAGCAACAUGUCACCAGAGAAGCUGUUGCCAAACAAAGUGCUUCGAACAUCCGUUAAUGAAUUUCUGCGACGAGCACGGACAGAGCACCAAGAACGUGAACAGUUGGUUAAAGAAGCAGAAGAGAAGGCGAUUGCUAAACAGAAAGCAGUAGAAGUAGCGGCAAGCUCUGCUACUCGACGCUCAGGCGAUAGCGCUGAUGCGACGCUUGAAAUAAAAAAAAGCAAAAAAGGUGACGGUGGAGAUGACGAAGAAGACGAAUUUGGUGGGGACAUUUUUGGCGAUGGCGAUGAUAACGAGGAAGCUACCACACCUCAAAAUUCGCGCACGCCUGCGGCUUCUCCCACUAAAAUGCAACAGCUUCCUCCACUGCCACAAGACAAAGAGGAUGCACUUCAGGACGGCGAAGCGUCCGGCUCAAUGCGAAAGAUGAGUGACGCCUCUUCUACUUGCGUCAAUCAGACUGUUGACAAGCCCGAGAAAACAUCUCCUGACAAAGGACCUCCUCCUCCUGGCAUCGAUCAAGGUCCACCUGGACAUUGGGGGCUUGACGGUCCUCGUGGCCCUCUGAUGGGAUACGGCCCUCCCGGCCCUUGGUUUGAUGGCCGUCCUCGAGGUCCAUGGUUUGAUGGUCCUCCUGGGCCAUGGUUUGACGGUCCAUUUCCUGGUCCCCACGGCCGUGGUGGCCGAGGCCGCGGCGGUCGAGGAAUGCCUCCUCCAGGAUUUUUUGGCGGUCCUGGACCAGACUAUUUUGGCCCCCCGCCUGGACAUCCUGACUACUUUGGUCCUCCUCCACCGUGGUUCGAUGGUCCAAUGCCGCCUUUUGUUGGGCGCGGGGAUCGCUGGUUUGACGGGGUAGAACGAGGAAUAUCUCGCGGACGCGAUGAUGACCGCCGACGUGAUCGCUCUACUUCGCGCGGUAGAGAUCGUUCCCGCACGCGGGAUCGCUCAUCUGGUCGCGAGGCAAAGAGCGGACAUGACCGUCGUGGUUGUGACGAAAAAGACGCUCGCAAAUCGAGCAGUCGUGAUCGAGAGCGAUCGCGCUCUCAGCGCUCUCAGCGCUCUCGCAACAAGCGCAGUCGUAGUCCAAGUUGUAGCCGAAGCAACAGGCCAAUGCAGAGAAGAUCGCACAGUCAGAGCAAAUCUCGCAUUAGACCAGACAGACUGAAUCGGGACCGUACUCAUCCGUCAAGAGCUUCGUCAUCACGUCGUCCUCGAAGUACAAGUCGCGGCCGCCAUCAUUGUGAUAACAAAAAGAGUAGCAGCAGCCGUGAUGAUUAUAAGGCAAGCAAGGAAAGCAAAGAGUCACCAAAAAUCUCUAAUGAGAAAGAAAAAGUGCCCAAAGAAGAAAAAAAUAACGAAAGUACAGUUAAAGAUGUCAAGCUGGAUCAAGUUGCUGCACCUGCAAUCGACCUUGACUUUUUGGCAGAACCGCUGGACGUAGAAGUGCCCAGUGAAAGUGAGACUCCUUCGACUCCACAGAAAUCGAAUCUUAGAAAAAGCGAGAAAAGUAUGGCAGACAAAGUUACUAAGGAGGUUGAUAAAAGCUCUCAUAGUGGUGAUGGUGAUCGUGGAAAAAAACUUAACAAGCGCAAUGGUAGUCACUCCUCUUCUCGUAAAUAUGAGAGAUCUAGUAGUCGCUCUAGCCGUGCACGUGCUCGUGACCGCGAGAGUGACCAGGGCCGCGAUCGCGACAGACGCAAUCGUGGUUCAUCAUCCAAUAAAAAAGCAGAAUCUUCAUCACGCAGUCGCCGUAGCCGCUCACAUUCCCGAUCCGUUUUGCAGCGUGUUUCAUCGCGAGAUUCAUUACGCAAGCGUGCUGAUGCAGCAAAUACUUCACGUGCAAAAGAUCGCAAUAUUGGCAGAGAUCGUGAUCGCGAUCGUGAACUAAAUGAUCGUAAUCAAGGAAAUCGCGUUCGAGAGCGUGGUGAUCGUGGUCAAGUAGGUCACGUUCGUGAACGUAGUGACCGUGAUCGCGGAAAUCGCGGUCGAAGCCGUGAUCGCAAGCACAAUCGUGACCAGGAUCGUGCGCGGGUCAAAGACCGAUCUCGUGAUCGUAAGAGUGCUUCAAAGACAGGUUUCCCACGAAAAAGUUCUGCAAUGGAUAAUGAAAAGACUCACGAGAAACGUGAUACAACAAGUAAGGAAAAGAUAUCCGAAAAGGGUUCAGAGAAAAAUCGUGCAAAGUUGCCCGAGAAAACUCGCGAGAGGGCUCCAGAAAAGACUCGCGAGAGGGCUCCAGAAAAGACUCGCGAGAGGGCUGACGUGAAGUCUUGCGAGAAGUCUAGAGAAAGUAGCCGCAAAGAAUUUAGUCGUGACGAUACUCAAGACAAUAUUCGCGAGAGGGUUCAAGAGAAGACGAACGAGAAAGCUGGAGAGAAGCCACACGAGAAAGCGCAAGAUGAGACUGAAGAUAAAGCUCAGGAGAAAACUCGCGAGCGCGAACGUGAUCGCCCUCGUGACCGCAAAGACCGCGAAGGAAAACGCGCUCGUGAGGUUGAAGACAAUAAGAUAGGAACAGGCAGUGACAGGAAACGCCGUCGCAGCAUUGAGAAGGAGCGUGAGCGCCGUAGUGAGAAAGGAUCAAGUAAUGGUACGAAUGGUCGCGUCGUAACUACGUCUCGUGGCUCUCGCGGAGGCCGCAAUCGUCGUCGUGGUGGUGGCGGUAAGGAUGACGACAAGCGGCGGAUCGAGGUUGAUGGCGAACGCAAAAGCGGUGGUAAUGACCGCAAAAGGCCCAAUCGUAAGAAAAGUGAUGAUCGCAAGGGAUCCGGUGAGCCUGCAGCCAAAAAGCGAUCCGUACUGGAUCGACUUGGCCCCAAAAUCUAG